AGCAACCAGACAGAAGCAUGGGGGGAGAGGAGUAGUGCGGGUGGGUGGGUGUAAAGGUGUUCACUUAUGGAAGGUGGCGCCUCCUUGUGGCUGCUCAGGGGAUCAGCUCUGGCACCCUCUUCUGACGGUUACUCAAACUAUGACCCCCCUCUCUCUCUUCAUGACUCAAGAUGCUCUCUCUUUGUUACUCAACCCUCUAGCCAGAUCACUAUAUACCCAUUUGUGGUAACCAAGCCUCUUCAGACCAGCUGUCCUGUUGGCUUCUCCAACGCACCUGUGCCACUCCACAGUGGCUGGGAGGAGAACCUGCGCCUGCCCUCUACUCCGGCUUCCAGCCCUGAGACCCUAUAGCCAGCAGUCAAUGUCUGCAGAGUCCUAUCCCUUGCUGCUGUUUCCCUAGCCAGCCUCUCAGGCUUUCUUUCCCCCACAACUGACCCUUCUUUCAGAGCUAGAACCCUGGGGCUCAUUCUCCCUCUUGGGUUUUUUCCCUCCCAUCCUCUCCGCUCCCAAAGAGCGACUGCAGGUUCUCUCCCUGCAGCUUCUUUCUGCUACAAACUUCCUGGCUGUAUAAAACAACCUACUCCUGCCCAGCUGAGCUGCUUGUUCCUGGCUUCUUGUACCUGGCUCUCCCUCUAGGUGCAGCCAGGUACCCUAAUUGGCCCCUCAGGCCCACAUUAACCCCUUCAGGGCCUCUGUGGGGCUACAUGCCCCAUCACAGGGGAAGGGACGGGUUGAUGAUGGUAUCUUCCAGAACUGAUGGUUCUUGAAUUUUUUCAGGCAAUCAGAAAACACGAGGAGAAGCGCCAGUCAGUUUCUGUGGACAAAUCUCCUCAAACCAACGGGCCCCUGUACUUUGGCACUGAUUACACGGUGUGCUGCUCUCCAGAGGCAGCGAUAACACCCAAAAAACUGACAUUUUCCUAUACAAGCCGGGAGAAUCGCCAGCCCUUCAUUGAAGUUUACAUCGAGGAGAUGAAGACGAGUGUGCAGCUCAGCGUGACAGAGAGCUCGUCUGAUGACACUUGCUGGGAGGCCACACUGAGACCAGGAGCGUCACACUGUCAUGUGACUGGCCUAGCCAAUCAGAUCUGAACAGGCCCUAUGUAGCAUCAUUGGAGCGGAAUAAACAGAAAAUUACAAUAAAAG